ACGUACGCCUAUAUAGUGUAUUCGCUAUUAUAUAAGCAAACGCUAUAUGUUUUUUGAAAUAAUUCGAGAUACAUCAGAUGCAUUUCGUUUCUUAUCAUGUCUAGAAGGUACGAUUCACGUACAACCACCUUUUCCCCUGAAGGUCGAUUGUAUCAAGUGGAAUACGCACUUGAAGCUAUAAAUAAUGCAAGCUUGACUAUUGGAGUUUUAUGUGAUCACGGUGUAGUCUUGGUAGCAGAUAAACCAGUUAGUUCUAAGUUGUUAGACCCUGGCAAGAUCAAUGAAAAAUUGUACAAACUAGAUUCUCAUAUAUUUUGCGCAGUGGCUGGUCUCACUGCUGAUGCUACUGUUUUAAUCAAUAUGUGCAAACUCUACGCCCAGCGCCAUAGAUACUCAUACGGAGAAGCACAAGAUGUAGAGCAGCACAUUAUCCAAAUUUGUGAUCUUAAACAGAGUUACACACAGUUCGGUGGUUUAAGACCAUUUGGUGUUAGCUUCCUUUUUGCUGGCUGGGAUAGCAACCUUGGAUUUCAACUAUAUCAUACAGAUCCGUCUGGUAACUACUCUGGAUGGAAAGCAACUGCCAUAGGCAUGAACAGUCAAUCGGCUCAAUCCAUACUCAAACAAGAAUGGAAAAACAAUCUUACGCUUGAAGAUGCAACAAAAUUAGCAGUGAAGGUCCUUGUUAAGGCUAUGGACUCCUCUUCUCCUCAGGCUAGCAAGAUAGAAGUGGGAGUGCUCUCGAAGAGGGAUCACACCGAGGCCAUCCCUUCUGUUAGCAUGUUAUCGAGUGAAAAGAUCGGCGCUAUCUUGAAGGAAAUUGCAAGCGAUGAAGGGCAAAAAAUGCUUGAAACGGCCACAUAA